AUGUUGGCUCUGGGCCAGAACGACGUGAGAAGGAUCCACCGGGAACUGCAGGCUGGGUGCCACAGUAGCUGUGUUCCAAGAAGGAGCAUCCCGAGAGGCUCCAGCAUUCCAUAUGGAACUGCAGGCAGGGUGCACGGCAGAGGGAAGAGCCCAGAAGAUGCUCCUCUCCUGCUCAUCUGCCUCCUGCCCAGGGCUAGCGGGAAGAACUGUCUCCGCUGCUGGUCAGACUUGCCUGCCCCGAUUGACUACGAUCUGAAGAUUCUCUGGGGCACCCCAGGGCCUCCCACAGAACUCUCCAAGAGCCUCCACUCCCUCUUCCAAGAGGACAGCAUCUUGCUCCAGCACCGGUACCUUGAUCAGGAUCUUGUAGAAGAGGAGACAGCCAAAUUCUUCAACCAAGUAGACCAAGCCACUGGGAAGUUUAGAGAUGACAAAACAUCACUUCUGAAAGAGACUGAUAUGCACAAGGAUCUCCUUGCUGAGAGGCUGAACAAAAGAGCUGAGAAGCUGAGGGAGCAGGGACAUCCUCACCUCCCACCUGGGUUAAGGCAGCCUUUUCUAUCUGGCCUUCUUCCCAUCCUGGCUACACCUCACUUCACCACCAGAAAACUCUCAAGGAGAACACUUACUCAUGCCAGGAACCUUCAGAGCUAAAGUGGGUUAUGAUCCUCAUGAGCUUCGGGACUUUGCUGCCCCUGGUUGUAGCUGGAGUUUCCUGGCCCAGAUGUUACCUUUUCUGGAGCAAGAAGAAGGAGACUGAAGAGAGACAAGGAGGCCACUUAUCACCCAGAAAUGAACCGAAGGCACUAGAAAGCUUGCAGCCACCUGGUUCUGAGCUUUCUGUCCUGUGACCCUCUCCAUAUACCAGAGCCACAAGAGCCUCAAAGUUCUGAGGGCCAAGAAAUGGUUUCCCUACACACAUGCCUUUGUAAAUAGUCCCUUCAUUAACACAUCCCCUUGAAUUCUAA